AUGUCGGAAGCAGAAGUCAAGAUGGAGGACGACAGAGCAGCUGACCUCGUUGAUGAUGUCGACAUGGAUGAUGACCCGAACGUCAAGCGUCGAGGAAGAGGCUUCGACCCACGCGAUCACGGACCCGCAUCCGAAGGCGUCAAGACAGGCCGCUUCGAUACAUUAGACGGGACAGCAGAGAGCAGCGAUCGUGCGGCCAAAUCGGUCGAAGGAUGGGUCAUCGUCGUGACCAACAUUCAUGAAGAGGCAACAGAAGAAGACGUUCAGGACAAGUUUCUUGACUUUGGCCUUGUCAAGCGAUGCGACCUCAAUCUUGAUAGACGAACAGGAUAUGUGAAGGGAUAUGCUCUACUAGAGUUCGCAGAGAGGGCCGAAGCGCAGGAAGCGAUCGAGGCCUGCAACGAUGGUCUUACACUACUGGACCAGGAGCUGAAGGCCGACUUUGCAUUCGUCCAUCCACCGGCUGGGGCUGCUGCAGGCCGAGGUACGGGAUCAAGAAGAGGCAAUGCCAACAGAGACCGCAGUCGCAGUCCAGGCAGGUGA